AUGGAUUCAAGCAGAGAACCCAAUGUUGACCCCAGCAGUUGGAUCUUGCCUAUUCAAGUGUCGUUGGGUACUGUAAGACACGGACAAGUUGAGGCAUGCAGCAUCUCCAAGGUUCCAGACAAGCUUAGAAAGCCAAACAAGGACGCAUACGUUCCGCAGGUUGUCUCCAUCGGACCCUACCACAGGGGAUCCCAAAACGAUCUCUUGUUGAUGAUGGAACAACCCAAAUGGAAUUACAUGCGGUCUCUUAUACGACGAUCCGUGUACCAAGCGCAACAAGAAGGGAGAAUUGAAGACGGGCCAGGCAUGGUGAAAGUAUGCGGUGAGACCAUUCUGGAGAUAGAAUACGUAGUUCGUGCCAGCUAUGUGGGGAACGCUCUAUCUGAACCCCACGAGCUAGCAAAACUUAUGCUUUUGGAUGGUUUUUUCUUGUUAGAGUUUAUUCACAGGCUUUACGAGUAUAAAGAAGCCUUGAAGGCUGAGGAUAAUGGUGAUUAUGAUGACGACCCUGUAUUCGAAAGCCAUGAGAAAGUGUUGUCUGUGUUGAGUGACUUGCUUCUUCUUGAGAACCAAGUACCCUUCAUUGUUCUCAAGAAGUUGUACAGAAAACUUUUCCCGAUUCCUGUUCCCAUUCAGCAAGAUAACCGUGUUGCUACUCUUGCAAUUGGAGCUGUAGGCUAUCCUUCGGUUGUUCCUACCUCUGGUGCGGCUCAUCUUCUUCACCUUGUUCAUUUAUCCAUCGUGAACCAGGAGGAUAGAAAAAACCUAGGCAAGCGCUUAAAGAGUUAG